AUCUUUCUUUUAUAAUCAGGUGGCUAGCAACGCUAUUAUUGAAAAAGAGAAGCUGGAAAGAAAAGAGUCUACCAGACCCAGAGGUUGUUGAUCGCCAUUACGAGUAGCGCUAUUAGAUUAUCAAUUACGGAAUAGUGUGCAACUGUGUAGUUACCUUCUGAGUCCAUUUAUCGAGAGCAGUGCGGCAGUGAAAUUUCCUGGUGUGGUGUGCGAUCGAUGUGGACAUUCGACAAUGCGUCGGCAUUAGGCGUGUCGGAUAUGGAUAGGCGAGACUGCCCGAGUUACGAAGCCGUGUUUGACGCAUGCGAUCCGUUAGGGUCUGUCUUGGAGUGCUCAGGGCGCGGGCCGGCACGCGUGCUCCGGCGACGGUGCCGAAGCGAAGGCGUAGAUCGCUCGCCGUACGAGGAUGUGCCGAUGCACCGAUCCGCAGACGCUAUAUCUCGCCAGCAUAGAGCACUUACUAACAAGAGCCAUUUCACCCUAAAUAACGCUAUCGAAGCCCAUUUCGAUAGAUUCCAACGCGAGUGUUUUCCUGCUGCAGAAAACGGCGACUACAUAAUGGCUCAUGACCAGAAGCGACGUGGAUCUCAGCCCAAUAGAAUAAAAAUUAAUAGAACAAGCCCCAAUAGACCCUUAUUAGUAACAACAUUAUCUAACACAAAAGUUGAAGAACAUAGAUUGCCAAAAGUUGAAGAAUUGUUUGAGAAAGUUGAUCAUGACAUGAUAGAGGUGCCAAAGCAGCCUUUAAAAUCAAUACUCAAUAACCCUUUACCCAAGACACCACAGCAAGGCAUACUUAAAAAACCGAAGCACAGACCCCAUCCAGAUACAGGGGCUGUUCAUAGAGAACCUAAAUUGAUGAGUCCAGAAAGUCGCAGGCGACAAAGAGCCUGUAGUGAAUCUGAUAAUUUGUACAGUAACUUCCAUUUUGCGGUAAUAGGGGCUGAUAAGGCUAUGAACAAAAAUAUGAAGAGAGCUAAAGACAAUUCUGGCAUUGGUUAUUCAUAUGGUACUGCCUUAGCCACUCUUGCUAAUCAAAAGAUAAAUUCUGCCAACAAUUAUAAGCUUCAGAAAUCAAAAGAGCACCCAGCUUUGUCCCAACCAAUGACUGUGCAACCCAAAGAAGAGCUGCACAACUCAGAGCCACUAAUGAAGAAUGCAGUAAUAAAUAAUGAUUCUUUCGAUGAUGAAGUGAUUUUGGGCGUGCCACGUCAAGAUCCGACUUGCCCUCUAGUGAGUCCCGCUUUGCCAGUUAAUUCGGUAACAUCCGCGCCAGUUCCUACUAAAAAAUUAAAGCCUCCAAAGAAAAAAUCGAAAACCAAACCCAAAACGAUGAAAGUAAAAACAAAAGUUGAAGCCAAUACAAUGGAAGUAGACGGUGGUGAUGAUGAUCUCAGCAGGUCGCCUUCUCUCGACGCAGUGGACACGUGGACAAUGGAAACAGAUGCGUUGAUGGUAGAAAUUGCGAAGUUAGAAAGUAAUCCAAAGCACCCAAUUACACCCGCAGUACAAGUUCCAGUGCAUAAGUUGUUGCGCAAGGAUGAACCACAAGAAGUACCUAAAGUACUAAAGGCAAAUGUAGCCCCUAUUCAGCCAGUUACUGUGUCUAUUCCCUCUUCUGAUACGGCAAGGAAAAAUUUAACAAAAGACAAACAGGACCCGUUUUUAACAGCUUUGCACACAACAGAUCCGUUCAAAUUUGUGCCAUCCCGCAAAGACUCGCCCAUGAAAGUACCAGAUUCAGUAUUGUCUUGUGUUCGACAGUCUUUGUUCCCGCGCGUACCUCCGUACCUUAAGUUUAUUGGUCUUGAUGAUGUCCCAAUACUAAAGGUACCCAUGCCUAUACAGAAACAUCUCAAAUGGAAGUUGACCACUAUCACACCAAUUGUUGUUAAAAAAACUUUAGUUAAUUCUGGAUUUAGGCUGGUCAAGAGCGAUUGUGAUACUGCGGAAUGUCCGCAAGAAGAGACUAUAGACUGGAUUGGUAUAUGGGGCAAGCACAUGAAAUCUUUAAUGUUUAGAGCGAUCAAAGAUGGUCAAAAAAUGAAUCAUUUUCCUGGGACAUUUCAAAUCGGUAGAAAGGAUAGAUUGUGGCGGAACUUGCAAAAACUAGCGGCUAAACACGGAAUGAAGGAAUUUGGCAUAAUGCCUAAAACCUACGUAUUGCCGCAUGAUUUGAAACUGUUGAAGCAAGACUGGGAUAAGCAUGCGGAAAAUAACGAGAAAUGGAUUAUAAAACCACCGGCGUCUGCUCGAGGCACGGGUAUUAAAGUUGUUUCUCGUUGGACACAAAUCCCCAAGAAAAGGGCGGUAGUCGUCCAAAGAUACGUAUCAAAACCGUACCUGAUUAACGGCAGCAAGUUUGAUUUGCGCCUAUAUGUGCUGAUCACAUCUGUGCAUCCACUCAGAAUCUAUUUAUAUAAGGAUGGUCUCGCAAGAUUUGCUUCAGUGAAAUACAAUAACGAAAUUUCCUCGUUAAAUGAUAGAUAUAUGCACUUAACUAACUACUCUAUCAAUCGGUUGUCUAAAAAUUACACGCCAAACGAAGACUACUCGGCUUGUGAGGGACACAAAUGGACUCUGCAAACGCUGUUUCAAUAUCUGAAGACAGACCGAGGUGUGGACACACGUUCGCUCUGGGAGUCUAUGAAGGAUCUAGUGAUAAAGACCAUCAUAUCUGGGGAGGCCAGUAUUAGUUCACUCACAAAGGCGAAUGUCACUUCCCGAUACAACUGCUACGAGUUGUUCGGUAUUGACGUCCUCUUGGAUGAAGAUUUAAAACCUUGGCUUCUUGAGGUUAACAUAUCGCCGAGUCUUCAUAGCGCAUCGCCUUUGGAUAUCCAUGUGAAAGGUCCGAUGGUGACAACAGUGCUCAAUAUUGCUCAGUUCCAAAUACCUACAAAAACCAAUCUGGAUAUGUUGGUCAGGGAGAAACCACACAAACUGAAUGGACUACCAUACGACUCUCGGCUAUACACCAUAUACUUGUCAAAAGAAGAGCGUGAUAAGCACAUUAUUUACACCAAUAUGGACGACAGGGAUUUGUACCUCCGUGAUAUUCUGUCGACAUUAACACCAGAUGAUGUCCGUCAUCUGAUACAAGCUGAAGACGAGUUAACCCAGGCCGGCGACAUGGAGCGUGUGUUCCCCACUCAUGAUACCCAUAAAUACCUCAAUUUCUUGUCUGGACCACGAUACUACAACCGACUGUUCGACGCUUGGGAGACACGAUAUACAGCCAAUAGAGAAUCCGGUAUCGAUCUUCUCCGCAACCUGUGUGACAUCGGAUACCACCUGGAAGUGCCUCCGGUCCCUCUUAAGGCCAGGACUGGAGUUAGUGUGUUCCAUACGACUUGGUCUACCCAGCGGGCGGCGCCUCAGCUGAGCGCGUUGGAUCGUUGCAGAAUGAUGUGGACGCGCCGUCACCGGUUGCUUCGGAGCGGCCUUCAAUUCCUUCCCUCGCAUCGGUGGAGCCCACGAUCUCCUCGAGCUCCCUUUCCUGCACGGCCCGCGUCUGCGGCGACGUUUUCCCGCAGCCGUCUGUCCCGCCGCCCGUUGAACCGCGUGCAUAGCGCUACGCCACAGAGCCUCCGUGCGACCGCCGAGGAGUCUUCAAACAAUGUGCACAUGGACACUACCAUAGAAUCUCGAAAGAAGUGCACGACUUCAGCGGACAAUACCUGCACGGAGACGCUCAUGGAUCUGAACAGAAACGUGCAGUGUGCGGAGACGAGCGAAACAGUCGCUCAGAAAGCCAGCUAGAGAAGAAUACCAAGAGAUGCCAGCGAGGAAAUGUUCAAACAAUAUUGAUAUUCUUCUCGUGUACGCGAUAGUUUUGAUAACUUUUAAGAGUUUAAUACAAAAUGUGCGAAAGAAUUGGUGUGCGUAAGUUAAGCAUUUCAUUAUGUAAAUUUUUACUCAAAUUAAUUUUAUAAAAAAGGGAUACAUUAUAACGUUACCUAGGUUUAGCUAUUACAUGUGUAAGAGAGCGUUUAACAAUUAAAGUGUACGUAACUUCAACUUUAUUGAGAUUAGAGGCAAAUGUAGUAAAUUUGUAGUACACUAUCUUACGGUAAAGUUUUUAUCAGUGUUAAUGUCAAGAAUUCAAGAAGUCAAGUUCAUUUAUG